AUGUUUGAACCUAUUCGAGGUGGUACACGAGGUGGCCAGGCUGAGUUCAAAUGGUCUGACGUGUCUGCCGACAAAGACCGAGAAAAUUACUUGGGCCAUAGCAUCAAUGCACCAACUGGCCGCUGGCAGAAGAACAAGGAUAUUCAUUGGUAUAAUCGCGAUGCGCAGGGGACACAGGCGGAACGGGAUGAGGAAAUUCGCAAGAUAAAGGAGGCGGAAGCGGAGGCCAUGUCUGUUGCAUUAGGUUUUGGUCCAUCUGGACCCGGCGCAACACAGGCUGCGGCUGGUGCUGCGACUGGCGCCAAUGCUAUUGCUGGACCUGCAACAGUGGACCCUGACGCUGCGGCAAAGAAGGCGGAGAAGGAGGAGAAGCGGAGGAAGAAAGAAGAGCGGAAGCUUGAGAAACAGGCAAAGAAGGAGAAACGUCGCGCCGAGCGAGCUUUGAGGCACGACUCUGAAGGGCGUCGCGACGACGACAGCGACGAAGAGACAUCAUGA